AUGUCUCUCAGAAUAAAAGCACUUGAUGCAUCAGUGGUUAACAAAAUUGCUGCAGGUGAGAUCAUAAUAUCCCCCGUAAAUGCUCUCAAAGAAAUGAUGGAGAAUUCCAUCGAUGCGAAUGCUACAAUGAUUGAUAUUCUAGUCAAGGAAGGAGGAAUUAAGGUACUUCAAAUAACAGAUAACGGAUCUGGAAUUAAUAAAGCAGACCUGCCAAUCUUAUGUGAGCGAUUCACGACGUCCAAAUUACAAAAAUUCGAAGAUUUGAGUCAGAUUCAAACGUAUGGAUUCCGAGGAGAAGCUUUAGCCAGUAUCUCACAUGUGGCAAGAGUCACAGUAACGACAAAAGUUAAAGAAGACAGAUGUGCAUGGAGAGUUUCAUAUGCAGAAGGUAAGAUGUUGGAAAGCCCCAAACCUGUUGCUGGAAAAGACGGUACCACGAUCCUAGUUGAAGACCUUUUUUUCAAUAUUCCUUCUAGAUUAAGGGCCUUGAGGUCCCAUAAUGAUGAAUACUCUAAAAUAUUAGAUGUUGUCGGGCGAUACGCCAUUCAUUCCAAGGACAUUGGCUUUUCUUGUAAAAAGUUCGGAGACUCUAAUUAUUCUUUAUCAGUUAAACCUUCAUAUACCGUCCAGGAUAGGAUUAGGACUGUGUUCAAUAAAUCUGUGGCUUCGAAUUUAAUUACUUUUCAUAUCAGCAAAGUAGAAGAUUUAAACCUGGAAAGCGUUGAUGGAAAGGUGUGUAAUUUGAAUUUCAUAUCCAAAAAGUCCAUUUCACCAAUUUUUUUCAUUAAUAAUAGACUAGUGACAUGUGAUCUUCUAAGAAGAGCUUUGAACAGCGUUUACUCCAAUUAUCUGCCAAAGGGCAACAGACCUUUUAUUUAUUUGGGAAUUGUUAUAGAUCCGGCGGCUGUUGAUGUUAACGUUCACCCGACAAAGAGAGAGGUUCGUUUCCUGAGCCAAGAUGAGAUCAUAGAGAAAAUCGCCAAUCAAUUGCACGCCGAAUUAUCUGCCAUUGAUACUUCACGUACUUUCAAGGCUUCUUCAAUUUCAACAAACAAGCCAGAGUCAUUGAUACCAUUUAAUGACACCAUAGAAAGUGAUAGGAAUAGGAAGAGUCUCCGACAAGCCCAAGUGGUAGAGAAUUCAUAUACGACAGCCAAUAGUCAACUAAGGAAAGCGAAAAGACAAGAGAAUAAACUAGUCAGAAUAGAUGCUUCACAAGCUAAAAUUACGUCAUUUUUAUCCUCAAGUCAACAGUUCAACUUUGAAGGAUCGUCUACAAAGCGACAACUGAGUGAACCCAAGGUAACAAAUGUAAGCCACUCCCAAGAGGCAGAAAAGCUGACACUAAAUGAAAGCGAACAACCGCGUGAUGCCAAUACAAUCAAUGAUAAUGACUUGAAGGAUCAACCUAAGAAGAAACAAAAGUUGGGGGAUUAUAAAGUUCCAAGCAUUGCCGAUGACGAAAAGAAUGCACUCCCGAUUUCAAAAGACGGGUAUAUUAGAGUACCUAAGGAGCGAGUUAAUGUUAAUCUUACGAGUAUCAAGAAAUUGCGUGAAAAAGUAGAUGAUUCGAUACAUCGAGAACUAACAGACAUUUUUGCAAAUUUGAAUUACGUUGGGGUUGUAGAUGAGGAAAGAAGAUUAGCCGCUAUUCAGCAUGACUUAAAGCUUUUUUUAAUAGAUUACGGAUCUGUGUGCUAUGAGCUAUUCUAUCAGAUUGGUUUGACAGACUUCGCAAACUUUGGUAAGAUAAACCUACAGAGUACAAAUGUGUCAGAUGAUAUAGUUUUGUAUAAUCUCCUAUCAGAAUUUGACGAGUUAAAUGACGAUGCUUCCAAAGAAAAAAUAAUUAGUAAAAUAUGGGACAUGAGCAGUAUGCUAAAUGAGUACUAUUCCAUAGAAUUGGUGAAUGAUGGUCUAGAUAAUGACUUAAAGUCUGUGAAGCUAAAAUCUCUACCACUACUUUUAAAAGGCUACAUUCCAUCUCUGGUCAAGUUACCAUUUUUUAUAUAUCGCCUGGGUAAAGAAGUUGAUUGGGAGGAUGAACAAGAGUGUCUAGAUGGUAUUUUAAGAGAGAUUGCAUUACUCUAUAUACCUGAUAUGGUUCCGAAAGUCGAUACAUCUGAUGCAUCGUUGUCAGAAGACGAAAAAGCCCAGUUUAUAAAUAGAAAGGAACACAUAUCCUCAUUACUAGAACACGUUCUCUUCCCUUGUAUCAAACGAAGGUUCCUGGCCCCUAGACACAUUCUCAAGGAUGUCGUGGAAAUAGCCAACCUUCCAGAUCUAUACAAAGUUUUUGAGAGGUGUUAA